AUGGACGACCCGGACUAUUGGAAGGACCGCCAUGAUUCAGACAUCCAGGAAAUUAUCUACGGCGGCGGCUUCGUUCGCGAUGAUCGAGCCUGGACAGGCGCGCAUGAUGCGGAGGACAUCGAGACCGCACGGCUGUUCGGCACCCAGCAGACGCAGCCAACACCCGUGUGCGUGGACGACUUCGACGACGCGCCAACACAGCCCGCCACCAAGAAGAAGGGGGAGAGCCGCAGGACACAAGGCUUCGUCGACGAGGAGGACAAGUGUUUGUGUGAAGCGUGGCUGGCAACGACCCAAGAUUGUAUCAAUGGCGCCCAGCAAAAGGGCAAGGUCUAUUGGGCCAAGGUCUCGCAGCAGUACAACGAGACCAGGAUGCACCCGCCCUACCAUAUCACAGGCCCUCGGACGGAGGAGUCCCUCCGGAAAAGAUGGAACUACAUCAAACAAGAGACUGCCAAGUUCUGCUCGGCGGUCGAACAUGCUAUUAACAACCCCGUAAGCGGCACUGGCGUCAUGACAGUGGUAUCCCGCGCCUUGCAGAAGUUCAGGGCGACGCACAAGAAGGGCUUCCAUAUGGUCCAUUGUUGGGAGCUGCUCAAAGACAACAGCAAGUGGAUGAUAAGCUUUGCGGCCUACAACGAAGCCGUGAGGAAUGGGACAGCGAUCAACCUCGACGGCGAAGACGACGAUCAAGGAUACUAUUCAUUGAUCAUGGUGGACGUGCCGCCAUGGGCUGUGGCGGCAGGCUCCUGCCGCCAAUUCUACUCACUGGUGGUCCUUUUUGUCAAUAAAUUGGGGAGGGUGGUCCUUUUUGACAAGCAUGCCUAG